CAAGCCUCUAUCCAAAUGUCCCAACCAUCCCUGAAGCAAAGCUUUCCAUCCUCCAACCUUGCAAGAAAAAUUAGAGGAAACAACGAAUUUCAAGACCUUCAAUUCUCAUAGGAAUGGAAGCUUUUCUGUCAAUAUCUUGAGAGCCUGGAUCACUUAUCUUGUGGUAUAGAAUUAUGCCAUGGAGGCCCUGAAUGCAUCAUAUCUGACUCCAGUUUCAGUUCUUUCUGAUAGAAGGACAGAACCAGGGAAGAUUUUAUCUCUUCCUCCAAGUUCGACAGCCAAAUUCUCAAAAUCUGUUAAUUUGGGUUGUUCCCCAUCAAAUUUUUCUGAAGUUCUGUCAAGAAAUUUCAGUGGGAGCCUAGUGGUUCUGUCUUCUGUUUUUAGCAGUGGACUUGCAAGAGCUCUCACAUAUGAAGAGGCUCUGGGGCAAUCUACGGGAACAUCUACAUCAAGAGAUGGUUCUGAUUUUGAUGUGGCUACGCUAGUUGACGGUGUUGUUAGUUUUGCAGUACAGAACCCAGCAAUUAUAGCUGGUGGAGCCACCAUUUUAGCUCUUCCACUAGUUUUAUCUCAGGUUCUGAAGAAACCCAAACCUUGGGGUGUUGAAUCUGCAAAGAAUGCUUAUGGCAAAUUGGCUGAGGAUGUUGAAGCUCAAUUGCUUGAUAUAAGGUCGCCAGUAGAAUUUCGGAAAGUCGGCAGCCCAGAUAUCCGGGGAUUGAAGAAGAAACCCGUGUCGAUUGCAUAUAAUGGUCAAGACAAGCUGGGGUUCUUGAAGAAGCUGAGCUUGAAGUUCAAAGGACCAGAGAAUACUACAUUGUUUAUUCUAGACAAGUUUGAUGGGAGUUCUGAAUUGGUUGCCGAAUUGGUCACUGCAAAUGGUUUCAAAUCUGCUUAUGCAAUUAAAGAUGGUGCAGAAGGAACCCGAGGAUGGAUGAAUAGUGGACUACCUUGGAUACCACCGAAGAGAACUCUGAGCCUUGAUUUUGGCAACUUGACAGAGGCAAUAAGUGAUACACUUGGAGAUAGUUCUGAUGCUUUGCCCGUUACCUUUGGGAUUGCAGCGGCAACUGGCUUAGGUUUAUUGGCAUUUACAGAGAUAGAAACACUGCUUCAACUUUUGGGUUCUGCUGCACUGGUUCAACUUGUUAGCAAGAAAUUUCUAUUUGCUGAAGAUCGGAAGGAAACGCUGCAACAGGUUGAGGAGUUCUUGAACACUAAGGUUGCUCCCAAAGAGCUUGUUGGUGAUAUUACGCAAAUUGGGACGGCUCUUCUACCUUCUCCUUUGGAUAAAAAGGCUUUACCAGCACCCGCAGAGGGAAGCCCAAAUGCUGUCCCUGAUUUGAAUGCAGGGCCAAAAGUUGAAACUGCUGCAGAUCCUAUGCCGCAGAUAAAUUCAGUCCCCAAAACAGAAGUAAAAGCUGAAUCAGUUCCAGGGCUAAGACAGGCAUUGUCACCAUAUCCAACUUAUCCAGAUUUCAAACCUCCAGCAUCUCCUUCCCCGUCACAGCCAUGAAUCUCAUCGUAGUGUGAGAUCCACAGAUUUAUUUUUGCAACAGGGGACACUCACGCAGAAAACAUGGAAAGCUACCCAGCAAAUAAUACCAUUUACACUCUUGCUCUAGGAGUUCUUUUGGAGCUUAUUGAAAAUUGUAAACAUGAGCAGGGAAAAUUACAAGAGUAUCGUGAGUUGAUUAAUUACUGGUUUGCAAGAAUUUUUCCUGUUCUUUCAUCGGCAAUUUUACUGUUUCCAAACUUUAUUUUGUUUUAUUAUUUCCUGUUGUUGUAAAUGUAGGAUGUUAAUUGUGUAUCAA